UUAAAAUUUCAAAUUCAAAUUGGGUUAGUAUCAUUGAAGAAAUUAAGCCUGUAAUGUCUUAUGAUGAUGAUGAUGAGGAUGAUGAUUUUAAGAAGGACACUGAUAAAGAAGAAGCAGAAUAUGCAGAUGAGAAGCUUAAUUCACCUGUAACUAGUGGAGAUGAUGAAGAUUAUGAAACGAUACCUAUUCUUGUACCUGAUUAUCCUGAGGAGCUUAUGGAUGAUGAUGAUGACAUAAAUUACAAUUGGAAGCAAUCAUUUACCUCAGUCAUGAUGGAAUUUGCAAAGAAGUCACACCCUCCAGAAAGGAUUGGACCACAAACUGUAUCAGAUUUAUUUGAUGAUCUGAAGUCUCAAGAGGUGAAAUUUGUCAAGACAGCUAGAAAUCCAAAAUCUAGCAGCUUUUAUGAUAAAAAAACCUUUCACAGCAAGAAUAUAACACAACCACAGAGUAUUUGGCCUUUACAAAAUGAUGUAGUUUCACAAUUAAUAUUUCUGUACCUCGAAGAAAUAAGUUCUUUGCACUGUGAGGAUGUCACCAAAAGGAAGGCAUUAGCAGUUAAUUUAUUAUGGCCAGAGGCGAUGGUGAUGGUCUUAGCAUUUCAAAGAGGCAUGUCACAUGAAGAUGCUAAUAUAUUCUACAGAAAAGAACUUAUGAUAUUAUGAAUUAUAUAAUAAAUGAGAAAUCUCUACUCCAAUAGUUAAGUUUGUAUAAUAAAAAUAUAAUAAAGCCUAUACUCAUACAGGCCUUCUGCAUAUGCUUAGAAUGUAGUUUUAAAAUUGUCCGGGCUUGCAAUGCGGAAAAUGAACUUGUAUAGAGCUGUG